AUGGAUCUGGAGUCGAACCAACAGGCUGAGCCUAUCAAGCCGGCGCUGUCGACUGACCAAGAUGUGCAAGAUGCGCUCGAUCUUGCGGCGCUCGGCCACGACCAGGCCUUGACGCGGAAAUUCGAUAUGUGGAGCAUGUUGGCGCUCGCCUUCUGUGUGCUGGGCACCUAUUCCACGUUCGCGCAGGAUCUCAGCAGUGGCCUGACCAAUGGUGCCUCUAUCACGAUUCUCUGGGGUCUGGUGCUGGUCACCGCCUGUAAUCUCUGUGUCGCACUGUCGCUGGGCGAGUUGACCAGCAGUAUGCCGACGGCUCUGGGUCAAGCCUACUGGGUAUACCGGCUGUGGAGCACACCCCUUGGCCGAUUUGCGUCAUACAUGUGUGCUUGGAUCAACACCUUUGGCUGGUGGACGUUGUCGGCCUCCCAAAUCGCCUUUAUGUCUGAAUUCAUGUUGGGAAUGAGAACCAUGUUCGAGCCGGAAUGGGACGGCGUCAACAAGGGGUGGCUCAAUUUCGUGGUCUACAUCGGUGUGACCCUGUUGUUGACUGUCAUCAACGUUGUCGGAUGUCGGAAAGACAAGGUGCUCCCGUGGAUCAACAACUUUGUUGGCAUCUGGUUCUCCGGUCUCUUCGUCGUCCUCUCUUUGGCGCUCCUGAUCUCAGUUGGCGUGAAGCCUGACCUAUCCUUCCAGCCUGCUAGUUUCGUGUUUGGAAACUGGAUUAACAAUACUGGCUGGAGCAACGGGGUCGUCUGGUUUACCGGCCUAGUACAGGCCGCGUACGGUCUGACCGCAUUCGAUUCGGUCAUCCACAUGGUCGAGGAGAUCCCUGCUCCGCGUCGUAACGCCCCGCGCAUCAUCUGGAUGGCGGUGCUCUUCGGUGCGGUGACUGGGUUCAUCUUCAUGGUAGUGUGCUUGUUCUGUAUCCAGAACGUGAAGGCCGUCCUCAACGCAGACCUACCCUUCAUCACGCUUAUGCUCCAGACCAUCGGUCUGAAGGGCGCCACUGUGCUGCUCUCCCUCUUCAUCUGGAACGGAGUUGGUCAGGGUAUCAGUAUUCUGACAACCGGUUCUCGUUUGACCUGGGGAUUUGCCCGUGACGGCGGCCUGCCCUGGAGCCGGUACUUCAGCCACGUCGACCCAGUCUGGCAAGUCCCUGCACGGUCAUUGUGUCUACAGGGCUUCCUGAUUGCCCUAGUCGGCGUCUUGUACCUCUUCGCCAACACUGUGCUCGAGGCCAUUCUAAGUGUCAGCACCAUCGCGCUGACUGUCUCCUACGGCAUGCCCAUUAUGUCACUACUCAUCGUUGGCCGUGACAAGCUCAAGCCAGGUCCAUUCCACCUGGGCCGCUGGGGCCCGCUCUUGAACUGGGUCAGCAUCAUCUACUGCAUCAUCACGACCAUCUUCUUCCUCUUCCCUGGCGCCCCUAACCCUUCACCGGCCGACAUGAACUACGCAAUUGCUGUGUUUGGAGUCAUGCUCGUCAUUGCCGUUGUCUUCUGGUUCAUCCGGGGUAGUCGGACAUACCUCCACACGGAGGACGCCAUCGCCGAUAUUAUCCAGGCGCAGCAGAUGGAAGUUGCCACUGAGCCUGUGCAGCCACCUAUUUCCAAGGAGUAG